UUGGCACUUCGCGCCGCCGCCGCAGCAGCAGUCCCAGGCCCGCCGCUACCGUCCGCCCGCGACCGCCCACAUACGCGCGUAUGUUUGGCAAUCGCUCCCCCCGCGUGCGGAGCAUGGGGCGUGCGCUCUGAAACAACAGUGAGCGACGUCUACCCCCGGGGGUCGCAGUCGAGGACGCCGUCGUGACUCAAACACCGUCGUCGUCAGGAUGGGCGGGGUCGUGCCGUACGAGGAGGCCAUCGCCCUCACAGGCACGGGGCGGUUCCACCUGAUGCUGCUGAUCAUCAGCGGGAGCACCAUCACCUGCACCACGAGCGAGAUCCUGGGGCCGAGCUACCUGCUGCCCGCCGCGGCCUGCGACCUGCGCAUGUCGGACCUGGAGAAGGGCGUGCUGGGCGCCAUCGUCUACAUCGGCAUGAUCUUCGGCUCGCACUUCUGGGGCUACCUGGCCGACACGCGCGGCCGGCGCAACAUCAUCCGGCUCACGCUGUUCGCCGACGCCGCGGUCGCCGUGCUGGCCGCCUUCUCGCCCAACUUCGCCACCUUCGUGACGCUCAAGUUCCUUAGCGGCUUCUUCAUGACGGCGCCCCAGGCGGUGGCGUACGCCUACCUCGGUGAGUUCCACUCGCCCGACAACCGCGCCAGGGCCUUCGUGUGGGCGGGCGUGUUCCCGGCGCUGGGGCUGCUGCUGCUGCCGGCCAUGGGGUGGCUGGUGCUGCCGCAGCCCUGGGCCGUGACGCUGCCGCUCGUCGGCGAGGCGCACUCCUGGCGGGUGUACGUGGUGCUGUGCGGCAUGCCCUCGCUGCUCACCGCCCUCGGCUUCUGCCUGCUGCCCGAGAGCCCCAAGUACCUGCUGAGUCGCGGCCGCGACGAGGACGCGCUCCGCGUGCUGCAGCGAGUGUUCAGCGCCAACUCGGGCCGGCCGGCCAGCGAGUACCCGGUGACGGGCCUCAUGCCGGCCACCAGCGAGGCCUCGACCCAGAAGACGGCGGACGGCCCCGUGCAGGACCCGGGGCUCCUCCGCUCCGUGUGGAACCAGACGGCGCCGCUCUUCACUUGCGAGCACCUCCUGUCCACCUUCCUGUCGCUCUUCAUCAUGUUCGGCAUCAUCGCAGGAGCGAACGGUCUGCCUACGUGGCUCCCCGAGCUGUUCAACCGCAUGGCGCUGUACGAGCGCGAACACCCAGGGGCGAGCACCAGCAUCUGCGAGUCGGUGGAGGGCCUCCUUCACGGCACCGACUCGCUGACGGUCCACUCCAACGCCUCCGCCACGGCCGCGCCGUGCGUGGCCACCGUCGAGGAGGCCGUGUUCGUCAACAACCUGUACCUGGGCGUGGCGGCGCUCCUGGCGCCCGUGCUCAGCGUGUACACCGUCGUGCCCCUGGGGAAGCGAAACCUGCUUAUCGCCUCGCUGCUGCUGACGGGCGCGUGCGGCGUCGCCCUGGACCUGGCCCGGUCCUCGGUCGCCUUCAUGGCGCUGUCGUGCGUCGUGGUGGCCGUCACGGAGAUGUGCAUCUCGCUCUUCUCGAGCGUCGUCGUCGACAUGUUCCCGACGCACCUGCGCGCCAUGGCCGUGUCGCUGUCGCUCAUGUUCGGCCGGAUGGGCUCCAUCGCCGGCAACUUCAUGUUCGGCGCGCUGCUCGAGGCCGCCUGCCCCGCCACCUUCUACGCGCUCGGCGGCGUGCUGCUCGUUUGCACGGCGCUGGCGUUCGCGCUGCCGCGGAGAGGGAAGUUUGGAGACUGACGCGGCCAGGCGCCCGACUGCGCCCGGCGGCCCCCCGGGGCCCGGGUCUGGCUCCGUUUGCAAGAUUCUCUUGCUGCACACGCGACGACGCCGCCGGCGGCAGCCUCUUUUAUCCCCAACCCCACACGGCACCGAUCCGUCGUGAUCGACCCGACACGGACGAUACGGAUUUAAAAGUCCGAUUUUUGUCUCGGAUAAAACCGGUAACUUUUCCAGAAAAGAAAUAUUUUCAGAAAACUUUGAAAAACAAACAAACAAUCUUUCAAUAAAAAUUUUUUUAGAAAGUGAAACAA